ACGACGAGUCAGGUUCAGCUCCUGAUCUGAUCCUUGUCGAGUCAAAGCAUCUGUUGAGCGCGACCGGAGGAAGAUACAGACCAGGAGCGGGGAUCCGCGCCGCUCCCUGGAAGCGGCACAUUGAUCAUUGGCCGCGUGGCCAAUUAGCGGCAGGAGCCAGGUCCAGCCCUUGUGUCUGCGCUCUGGUGAUCUAUCGCCAAUAAUUACCGACGCACUUAAUGCCUAGUUUGGAUGGGAAUUAAUUGGAGGCCGGAUAAAUAAUGCAUUAGGGUUUAUUCAGCCCCAUGUGAAGCGUCUCCCCCGAGCCAGAGCUGGAAGCGGCGAGAAGCGGCGUCUGAGCGGCGGUGGCGGCGAUGCGCGGGGCGGCGGCCGGGGCCGGGUGCUGAUGCUGCGAGCAGCGCCCAGCCGGGAGCAUGCUGAGCCCCAAGAUCAGGCAGGCCAGGAGAGCCCGGUCAAGGAGUUUGGUGAUGGGUGAACAGAUUGGGCCUCCCUCCAGACCUUCUUCUCCAAACCCUCAAGAACGUGUGCUGAAGUGUGGCUGGCUAAAGAAGCAAAGGAGCAUUAUGAAGAACUGGCAGCAGCGAUGGUUUGUGCUGCGUGGGGAUCAGCUCUUCUAUUACAAGGAUGAAGAGGAAACUAAACCUCAGGGUUUGAUAUUACUGCAAGGCAAUCAAGUGAACGAGCUGCCACCUAAUCCUGAUGAACCAGGAAAACAUCUCUUUGAAAUUACCCCAGGUGGCGCAGGGGACCGGGAAAAGAUGCCUGUCAAUCAUGAGGCUUUCCUGCUCAUGGCUAAUUCCCAGAAUGAAAUGGAAGAUUGGGUAAAAGCCAUCCGACGGGUUAUAUGGGCUCCAUUUGGUGGAGGUAUUGCAAAUAGCUCACAUGCACAUAAAUUAAAACAUUUGCCUCAAGGGAUCUUUGGACAGCGGUUGGAGGACACCGUACAGUACGAGCGGAAGUAUGGCCAGCGCUUGGCCCCGCUGCUGGUGGAACAGUGUGUGGAUUUUAUUCGGGAGCGAGGUCUUACAGAGGAGGGGCUCUUUCGGAUGCCUGGACAAGCCAACCUUGUCAAAGAUCUGCAGGAUUCUUUUGAUUGUGGAGAGAAACCCCUUUUUGACAGCAACACAGAUGUUCACACUGUGGCGUCCCUCCUGAAGCUUUACCUUCGAGAGCUGCCAGAGCCUGUCAUCCCCUUUGCCAAAUAUGAAGACUUUCUUUCUUGUGGACAGCUACUCUCAAAAGAUGAAGGAGAGGGAACCCAGGAACUGGUUAAACAGGUGAAGAAUUUGCCACAAGCCAACUACAACCUCCUCAAAUACAUAUGCAAGUUCCUCGAUGAAGUUCAGGCUCACUCCAGCAUUAACAAGAUGAGUGUCCAGAACCUGGCUACAGUAUUUGGACCAAAUAUAUUACGUCCCAAAAUGGAAGAUCCGGUGACCAUGAUGGAAGGCACCUCACUAGUUCAACACCUGAUGACAGUGCUGAUAAGUGAACAGGGGCGAAUCUUUGCUGUUCCUCAGGCAGACGUGCCAGGGAGCCAGCUGGAAAUCAGGCCUGUGCGGCAGCGCAGUACUGUGGAGUGGAUCUCUGAGGAGGACGGGGAGGACAGGUCAGAGAACAGUGCUCCCAGUCCCGCUGAUUUGCCUUCUAGCAAUGCUGUGGCACUAGAGGCCACCCCAGGACCUGCAGUGAGAAACACUCCUCCAGAGCAUAGUGGCAAAUUAACUCAGCCUGCCACCAGCCCCAGUAAAAGAGUGCAGACACUGCCUCCAUGGAAAUACUCCUUCCGCCAGCAGGGAGCACGGUCUGUGAGUCCAAAGCUCGGCAGCUCAUCCUUAGAUAUCCCCAAUCUCUCCUCCAGCGGGAACUGGUUGAUGAACGGACUGUACUCACUCCGAGGCCACCGCCGGACAGCAUCUGGGGAGCGAGUUAAAGACUCAUGUUCCUCCCAGAGACUCUCCACUUACGACAACGUCCCCUCAUCCAGCCUGUCCCUCAGCACACACAGCAUGGCCAGCACUACAUGGUCAACGUCGUCAUGUGAGAUUUCCGUGAUGGACUCAGUCAGCAGCUGCCCAGCCUGCCGGGCCAGUGACUCUUCUGCUUUAAGCUCUCUCAAAACCGAGUGGAUAACUCAGGGCUCACUGUCUCAGAGCGAGGGCAAGACUGCAGACCUGGAAAACAGCAUGGACAGGUUUGAUGCAUGCAGCAGCAGCAGCAGCAGCGAACAGAGCGACCCAGCUGCAGCUUCCCGAGACUCUGUCCAAUGCUCCAGGGCCUUACAGAGCUUGGUGGUGGAGCUAAAGACAGAACUGAGCAAACAGAGGACUGAGUAUGAGACUAGUAUCAAAAGAAUUGAAGAAACAAGUGCAGACCUGAGGAAACAAGUCGUUAGGUUAGAAGAAGAACUGGACCAAGAACGAAAGAAAUACACGAUGCUGGAGAUCAAGCUGAGGAAUUCUGAACGUGCUCGUGAAGAUGCUGAGAAGAGAAAUUACCUCCUGCAGAAGGAAAUGGAGGAGUUUUUUUCAACAUUAGGAUGUUUAACUCUUGGGAGUCAAAGUGCUAAAGUCCCCAAGUAGAACAAGCACAGAAAUUUCUAUUUCUGGCAAAAUGAGUGAAAAUGCACACUUUGUUCCAGUAUACUCAUGUAUCAUGAGUAAUUCUACAGUGAUUGUGCUAUUGGUGACACUUGCUCUGUUGUCUUUACAUGUGCUAUAGUAUUUGGGCAAGCUGGGAAAGUGUGACCAUAAUGCUUGAAAGUUUAGAUGUCAGAUGGCCAGGAAAGGGGCCCCCUUUAAUAUCCACAGAACAAAAGACACUCUUCUCCAGAGUUGUCCUGCCAUCUUUGGAUUCAAAUGCACCAUCCUUUCGCUGGCUCAAGGACAGUGGAAAGUCCUGCAGCAUGGGUGGAUGGCCAGAACCAAUGGACAGGCUGAGCCAGGAGAUGAGAGCCUCCUGCACUUGUGCUUGGGGAGAUGGCAGUUCCAGUCUGGCACCACAGCCAGUGGGGUUGUUUACCAGAUGGAUUCUAAUGAGGUGGUUUUCUCCCCACUCCAUACAUAAAGUUUGUUCAAAUUUCUCAUUCCUAAAGUGGCAUUAUUUUAUGAAGAUACUGUGAAAACAAAAUCUACAAAAAAGCUGAAGAUACCAAAAUCUUGACAGUUCACUAAAAUGGUCCCUUACCUGCCAAACAGUUUCAGUGUUUCAUAAAAAUGCAACUUAUUAAACUGUAUGUGAUUAAUAAUCAGAUUGGCUACACAAACUCCAUGGAACUUUAAAUAUGCACAUUUUGCCCUAGGUAUCUGGGGGAUUUUUGAGCCAAAAAUAGACCAGUAUUAGCUGCAAGAAAAAAAAAAUUCAUGAGUUGAUUUAUGUCAUAAAGAUAGAAUAUGGAAUAUCAGUCAUCAAGGUAGAAUAUGGAAGAUUCUUAUCAUCAAAAGACAUCCAACUGAUCCAGCUGCCGAGGGUUUUUAAUCUAUAAAACUCUAAUAGCAAAACCUAUGGUAAGAGAAAUUAGUGCAGUCAGGGUGGCGGGCAUUGGGGUGGUAGAGGGAGAAGGGUGGGGAUCUAUCUUUAACCUUCCCUGGACAAUUUACACUUGGCUGCCUUGUAUCACUUCUCAUUACAUAAUUAUAUUUUUUUGUUGGUGGUUCUCACAGGGAGAUGAGGGGACAGGAGGAAUAUUGCAAACAACCUGUCAGCCCAAGUUCAUUAUUUCUACUAAGAAAAAAAUCCAUUAGAAUGAAGCUGUAAUUUCUGGUAAAUACCUGCCAGGGCUGACUUCCCUCCCAAGGGAUUUUGAGAAGCUCUGCAUAGCAUUUGUAGCACCCUGAGCCAGGUGGAGCCUGCACACAGAAAAUUGUUUCACCAGAUUCAGCUUGAACUCUCACCUGCCAGCCCAGCACUCACAACACUGUUCAUGUUUUCUUGGCACUUUAUCUUUGACAACUGAGGCAGCUUGGGAGUCUCUAAAAAGAAAGUUUUUUAACAGAAAAGUGUCAUGACAACAUGAACUGGCUAAAGGGAAAGUACAGAAGGAGCAAUGAAGAGCUUGCUUUAUUUUAAGUAUUUUAAAAAAAUGCCCUGAGUCUUGUUUCUUACUAGAGAAGACUAUAACUCACUGUCUGGAAAUAAGAAUGGGCUUUUUUACAUACCAGCAGAUAGUACACCUUUCAGUAGCAACUUUCUCAUCAUCAACUCACAUCCAGGUAUUUCAGUAUUUAAACAACUGGAUGUUUACUUGUUUCUGCUGCACUGUUAACACUUCUUAUAAAAAUGUAAGCCAUUGAAUGGGAGCCAACCCCAGCAUUUUAACCUAAUCUUUUCUGGAUAAGACAAGUCAAGCAAGGUGGUACAGUAAGCUGUGGACAGGUCAAUUCCGUUACUUCAAAGCUUUUUUCCUCCUUCCCAGGCUCUCCAGCAGCACUGGAUUCCUUCCUGCCCGUGGCGUGAGGCAGCAGGUACCCGUCUGUUCAGCAGCACCCGCCUGCCACCUGCAGGCACAAGCAUCACCCCCACCCUCCUUCUCCAUCUCUGCCUUAGGUUAUUCCUGAUGGUCACAAGUGAUCUUGCACGGAAUAGGAUGGCCAUUUAAAACAGCAGCAUUAAGAUCCAUAAUAAUGUGAGAGAGAAGCAGUUGUUGUAACAAUGACUGAGCUGGAAGAGCACAGUGUGGGAUGGAGCUGCAGUACCAGGCCAGUUAUCAAAAAAUAAACCUAAAUAUUGGAGGGUGGUCUGAAUCAGGGUGUAAGUAGAAAAUCAGGACUGAUAAAAAGGAAGUUUCUACUGAUAACAUUCAAUACAACUAGUAGUAACAACCAGGGUAUUUCAAUGCCCUCUCUUACUGCUAUCCCAAAAGUGGAAACCUUUCACUGUAGCCAUCCUGAUGGCUCACACAUCCCUUAGACUAUACUGCAUUAUCUCCUAUAUCUAUCAAGUGCAGACUGCCCCCUUUAGUUUGGGAACACUACAAACUUGGGAACUAAGCCAUGCUGACUGGGAGACUAAACACCAAAUAUGCAAGACAAGCAGUGAACAGGACUGCUGGCCAACUCUGUAAGUAUUUAACCUUAGGUAACUGCUACAUACAGCAGAACUGGGGAACAAACCUACCUAUCCCAAACCUUCAGCUCCAGGGCAGGACAAUAUGUCAGAUCUGUAGGAGUAAAAUUACUCUGGCAUUCAGGAUAAAAUUAAUUCUUCUUUUCAAUGUCACAAACGAAACAGUAUACACUCAAACUGAUUAGUGAAACUAAACAGUUGCAGGUUGACUGUUGUGCUCCAGCACCAUCUAUGCCUCUUGUUCAUGAGGAAUAAAUUCCAGCUCCUUUUGAAGAUGAGAUGCUGCAGUAAACAAAGCCUGCAAGAAGCUGCAAACUACCCAGUUCACACUAAAAUUCACGAUGGUAGGAUGUUAACUCUUAAGUGCAGCAACAGGACUAUAAUAUUCAUUUCCAGACAUGGGCAAUUAUACAAGAAAUGGGAAUCCACCUGUGCUGUUGUACACACCUCAUGGAAUACUAUGCCCUUAUUUGAGGAAGAUGAUACACUCUUUCCUAGUUUUGAAUGCUGUUUCCAUACUCUUUUCCCACCACUUCAUUUCCCCAUAUCAAGCAUCCUUAUUUUGCAGACCUUUCGCUCAUUACAGCCCCUGAUUUAAAUGUCAGCUUUCUUAGCAAGUGUUUACAAGAUACAGGUUGGUAAUAUUACUUAACACGACAAAAGGUUCCUGGAAUCAGGUAGAAAUGUUUUUACCAUAGAUUCACCUGUGCAAUCUUCCCUUCCAGUAUUUUGCAAGCAAAAAAGCAUAAACUUUUCAGUGAAAAAAACCCAACACAAGCAUAUACUUUAAAAAAAAUCAAAACAGCAAUGCUUCAGAAUAACAAAAAAACCCUUCUGGAGGUCUCCAUGUAAUUUCUAACACAAAAAGGAAAAUGAACGAAGGUAGCUCACUGAAUCAUCUACAUUCACCAGCGAGUUCCAUUGAAGCCAGCAGCACUAAGCAGAGUUUCAGUCCUGAGUCACCCACACACAAAUCCUGGGCAGAGCUAAGAUUGUCUCUCCAGCCUUGCUCUGUUAUUGGCAUAUCAUUUGAAACUGGCUGCCCUUUAUGCUGACAUGCAAAUAAAGAAAAGCAUUUGUGAGUCCUACCACAUUCCUAGAAGAACGUCUCACAAACAGCUGGCCGAGAGAAACAAAGCUGGCUACACUGUACUGCAGGAGUCACAGUCCCUCUCCCUUGAAACUGUACAGGGACACCAACAGCACAGCUCAAGGGCAUCUGCAGUCUUUGUUCAAGGAAACACCCACACCCUGCUGGAAGUGAAGGCAAUCAAAUGCAUUUUGUGUUAGGAUUUACCCACAGCAGAGGGGCCAGCAAGUGGUCUGGGCACACAAGUCAGCUCUCCAGAAGUCAGAUCCUUCAGGCUUCUCUGAGACUCAGUUCUAGUCCCAUACACUAGACAACCCGUAGCUUACCUCUUUCUGCAGCACAGGGUCUUGGCAGCUGUAUUUCCAGGAAAUAAAGUGGCUAGAGCUAGCAGCAAGGAGGCAAGAACACAUUCCCAGUGGUUGCAAAGACACGUGGCUGUUAACAGUCUGUGGCACAUCCAAAGUCAGUGGGAAUGGAGAAACGGAAAAAACAUGUCACUUUGCCUAUGAGUGAGCUCACACACAAGACAGGACUUGAAGUACCAUUAAAAACCAGAUGAAUUUUCAAGAAGUACUGACAAUAAUAAGACUUCAAGUGCAGCCUUUUUAUGCAAUCCAUAUGAAACCGUUCUAGCCUAGCAAUGAAGAAACACUAAAUGCAUAGUGGUCAAACUUUUUUUUUUCUUUUUUAUUUAAAAUAUCAUUAUAACCAAUUGACAUACUAGAUAACAAUGUAUACAUUCCAGUGGUGCACAUGUAAUGACCUAUGGCAUGAAUGAGUAAAAAAACCCACAAUGUUCUCAGUAAUGCCCCACCAACAGCUUAUUUGGAGGGAAUAAAGGAAGAGGAAAAGCAGGAAAAAGUAUCAAAUGUGGGGAAGAAAAAAGAAUUACAGUUUUCCCCAAUAUUUUUAAUGGUGUAUCUGCUACUUCAUAUUUCUUGGGACAUAAUAAAAU